CUAUUUGUAACCGCGGUCCCGGCGCGCGCGCUUGUCUGCAGCAGAGAAGGCGGCAGGAAGACGCUUAAAGCCCCAAAACAAAGUGCUGUGAAACCCACGACCCCAGACCGAGAUGUCGGAGGAAAAGCCGAAGGAGGGAGUAAAGACGGAGAACGACCACAUCAACCUGAAGGUCGCGGGCCAGGACGGGUCAGUUGUCCAGUUUAAAAUCAAAAGGCACACGCCGCUCAGCAAACUAAUGAAGGCGUACUGUGAACGACAGGGACUGUCAAUAAGGCAGAUCAGGUUCAGGUUUGAUGGACAGCCUAUUAAUGAGACAGAUACACCUGCACAGCUGGAGAUGGAAGAUGAAGACACCAUAGAUGUUUUCCAGCAGCAGACAGGUGGAUGCUGCUAAGCUCGCCCCACCUCAUUGAGCCCCAUCUUCAGACCAUGCCCUCAACCACCUUCACUGUCUCCCUCUCAAUGGAUUAUUUCAGCUUAUUGUUAUUAUAAUUAUUAUUAUAUUGUUGUUUUCCCACUUCAAAGAUGUCCAUUAUUUUCUUUGACAGGCAUUUGCCUGUGUGUGUGUGUGUGUGUGUGUGUGUGUGUGUGUGGGGGGGGGGGGUCAUGAAUGAACAUUUGUGUUUAUAGAGUAUUUUUAUGGCCAGGCAGAACAAGUUUUCCUAACGUGUCACAGGCUGUAAUUGGACCAACAGUCAGUCCUGGUUCAGCUCUGCUUCUGGCGCUGUUCAGUGAACACUUACCAUCCAGCAGUUU